AUGCCCGAGAAACACCCAAACAUCUCCUUCAAAGACAAGUCGGCUGACCAUCCUCGUGCCUCAGCCCCAGUGGGAGGCUUUCUCGGAUGGUUGGCUGGAAAGCGCGGUUAUGCCCAUCGCAAGUCCACCGUGAGCAGUCGGGCAAAGGAUAACUCGGACCGUCGGCAAGAGCCUUCAUCAAUCGCCAAAGGGAAACAACCAGUUCGCUCCGCAGAGGAACACCAAGCAGAGAAACAGGAAAGAGAGGGCCAGGGAGGGCAUCGGGUUUAUGCUCAAAUCCCGGCCAAUGCGCCCACCUCUUCAGCAGUCCGGCGUACCCACGCAGGCCCCUCGAAUGUCUAUGAACGAAAGUUUUUAAGCUCUAUCGCUUCAACUCGUCAAGCUACAGGGUCAAGUGCUCGUACCGGGUCCUAUGAGCCUCGGAUGUCGGGUGCCCUUCAAGCCCAGGAUCAGCCUUCCUCUGUAGGCAGCGAUAAUUCAGGGAACAGUGGAUUCAGUGCUACCUCCAGCACCGCUGCUGUCUGCGGGUCAAAAGUCACGGACCGGGCUCAGACCACCUCCCCCGGUAUCAAGGAGAGUGGGGAUGAAAGAGGGUUCAGCGCUACCUUCAGCAGCGGUGAUACGUGCAAGUCCAGUCUUGAAGCCCAGGUUCAGAUCUGCCCCGUACCAAAUGAGAGUGGGUAUGAAAGCGGCUUCAGCGCUGGCUUCAGCACCGAUAGUGUCUGGGGGUCCAAGGUCGCGGACCGGGAUGAACUCGGCCACGACGUGGGAUCCUCGUGUCACGAUGAGGUCUCCGAUCAAGACUCUGACAGAGAAGACGCCGAUCCAGACUCCAUGUUGUCCAGUGAUGUCUCCGGGGGCGUUCCAGUGUAUGCAAGCACCACCAACGCAGACCGGCCGCCUCACGACCACAACAUCAACGCGGCCCUGAACAACCUCAAGAUCAAGGACGACUGCUGUCUGAUCUGUCACAAACGCAUGCACAAGGACGGAUUCUCCUGCCCCGGCGGAUGUGGUACACUGUAUCAUGACAACUGUGUCUCAGACUGGCGCACCCCCAGAAGUUCCGAGAACCAAGAGCCCUGUCCGUGUCCGACGUGCUGGCAGGACAUCUUUCAAGAGGAUUGUGCGGUUUGUGGAAAGCCCAUCGAGGACUACGAGGUCUGCUGUCCCCAGCAAUGCGGAGCGUGGCUUCACGAGCCUUGUGUGGAACGUUGGGUCAACCAGUGCCGCGAGACGUAUGCCGAUCAAAACAUGCCUUGUCCCCGGUGUAGCGCGCCGUGGCCUAAUCAUAUCGACGAGGAGGCGGAGUGUCCGAUCUGCUUUUUAGCCAUGGACGAGAGUCUCCAGGAUGUGACCCCAUGCCCGGCGCUAUGCAGGCAGAAUUACCACUCGGAGUGUAUCAAUGCCUGGCUUGACAGCGCCGAGCCCAAUGGCCGGCCGAGAGCGUGUCCCAAGUGUCGAGCUCCGUGGGCCCCUCUUUUCGGGCAUUGA